UUCAAAGCUAGCGUGCCGUCAUUGAACACCUAUUUUGCUGUUCGCUCUCGCUAUCCGAGAUUUUUCACUAAGAAAAUCUAUUUGAAUCACAAAAACCUUCUCAAUUAACACAGUUUUUAUAUACACGAUAUUCAAUUGAUUUGAAAAUCAUUACAUCAACCAUAGGACUGAUUUCUGUCAACAUUGCUGAGAAUUAUUCUAUAAUUUUCGUAAAAAUAAAAAGUUUUUUUUUUUCUCUAAAAAAAAGCAACAGUGUUUGUCCAAGAGAAAUUUCCUUUUUUAUACGUGUAAAUUUUUUUUUCUCGUAUCAAAUCCAAAGAAAUAUCGGUUACUGCCGACAGCAAAAAGUGGGUGAAAAACGUGUGUUAAAGAUCAAUUUUGUGAUUAAUGUUAUCCUGUUGAUAUCAAAACAAUUACUUUUGAAAUCAUUUUUUUUAUACGUAAACAUUUCAAAGUGAACAGUUAACGGUCAAAAACGACCCGAGGUUUAUUUAAAGUGAUACCGGUCAAUUGAUAUGUUAAACGGUACACUUGUUCUGUCGUCGAUUGAGUGAGAGAGAAAAAAGUGACCAAAUUAUCCGCUCGAGGUAAAAAUAAAUUGUGAGAGUCGGAAUUCUGUAGUGAAAUUUUGCCGUAACUUACGAACCGUACAAGACGAAACAAUUGGCAUUUAUCACGACAAAAGAAGAAGAAAAAAAAACGGUGAAAUCAUCUGAUAGAAAAAAGUUAGACAUGAACAAAAAAGAUAAGUGCACGCAUACGAAGUGACAAAUUGAAGUGCUUUGAAAAAAAGAAGAAGCAAAGUAGCAUCAGCAACAACAAUCUUAUAAAACGCAAAUCGCAUUUAUCCCAUAGAACAGUGACUGCGCCAUACAUACACGCAGAAAGAAAAAGAAAAACACAUCAAACAACUGUCAUUGAAAUGUGGUCACCUAGUUUCUGGUUGAUCAUUUGAAAAAAGAAAAAAGAAAGAUUGUUCAACAGCAACAAAUGUGCAUGAGUAUGUGUAUCGCGUUGACUAUUGAAAGUGAUUUCGCAUCUCAUGACUGCUCUUUUCCAUAUUACAUGCGAUAAAAAUAUAAUACAACGUUUUUGGUGCACAAUUUUUUACAUUGAACCCAUACACUAAGAGACUAUUGCAUUGAAAAGACUGUGAUUUGAUUAUUGUUGAUUGCAUUACAAUUGACCGAAACAGAAAAUAAAAGCACUUGCAAAAAUAAAAUCGAGAAAGAAAACAACACACAUACAAUAAAUCGAAUAAUUCGUGCGAGUGCGUAUCUCAUGUGUGACAAUUGGAAAGAAAAAUAAGCGCGACAAAGAGACAGAGAGAGGGAGAGAAAGAAAAGAAAGAUUGAAAGAGGCAAAAUAAAUCGUGCAAGUGGCUACAAUUGUGGUACGUGUUCACGUUAACAAGCAAUCAGCUACAUAACAAUAUACAAACAACGCGCUUACACUUGAAACACAAGUAGCAAAUAGAUACUACGUACAGUAACCAACUAGCAGCUUACGUACAGCUCAACUCAACUCGAAUUCAACGGAUACAGAGACUACAAAGAAGCGAACGAAAAGCAAAAAAAAAGUGAAACGGUUAACAUAUUUUUUCUUAUAGUUGUGCUUAACCGUUGUGUGUGCUGUUUUUUUUGUGUUGGAUCUCCCAUUAUUUUCGUUUCAUUUAGUUUCGUUGUACGGCUGCCACAGUGAACAAGGCAAUAGAGAAAGAGAGAGAGAAAACGAAUUGCGUGAAUUGUGUGAAUGAAUUUGCUCGAAAGCCAAUACACUAUUUAUACAAACUGAAAAACCGAAAAGACAGAGAAAACGUACACAAAGAAGAAAAUUCACAAAGUUCGCACAACUACGACUUGUAAUUUAUGUUAACUUUCAAUCGUAAAGGGAAAACAGUUAACAAAUUACAAAAAAGAAAAACACAGACGAGGAAAAAUAUUAUUUAUUGAAGAAUAUUUUGAUUGUGUGCUGUUAUAUGCCAAUAAGACAACAACAAAACAAAGCAAAAAGAAAUAACAAUACCACGAUUAACGCACAAAGUGUACUGUUCCGAUACCGUCAAUAAAACAAUUUUGUUAACAUUUGCUUUUAUUAUAUACACUUAAGCCAAUCGAGUGCACAGUGAUUUUCAUUUCAAACCGAUUUCGUUUGAAUAUUUUCCGAAAUUGAAUUGACCAAUUUGACCAAGUGUAAUUAAAUGUGCACCGCCGCCAGUAGCUAAAUCGAUGGACGUAUCAGUUUGAAAUUGCAUUUUUAAUUUUUUUUUUACCAAGUGCUGUAUUUUAUUGGUGUAUUUUGUGCGCGAAAGCAAAUCAACCAAAACGAAAAUUCCAAAACGAUUUAAAGAAAACCAACAACAAAUACAAACUGAAAAGACAAUAAAUGGUCAAGCCUGUAAUUAGGUGCUAUUUCGUUGAUGGAGAACGAUUUCAAUGAAAUUGAACAGAAAUCAAUAAAAAACCGUUUGAACGCGCGACAAGUUUAACAAUUUCGGUUGUAGCAACCACUUAAGAACGCUAAUUUGAAAUCCAUUCAAAUCAGACAAUUCACAGCAUAUUGAGUUCAGUGUGAGUUAAUCAACCGUAACGCUGUGCACGAAAUAUUUGUACAACCGAAUAAAAGAAAAAGAAACGCUAUAAAAUGAGUUAAGAUUUCCAAUUUUUUUUUAUGAAAUCAGCGAAAGAGAAAAAAAGCAACCGAACACACAUUGAGAGACGAACAAAUUUUUUAAAAGUAAGAAAUAAAGAGUUGAUUUUAAUUUAUUUACCGAAACUCUUUGAAAGCGAGUAAAAGCGAAAAGGAGAAAACGUAGAGUGGCGCUUCCUUUGAAUUAUAUGCACUGUGGGAAUUUCCGUGCAACGGCUGUAUAGCGAUAAAAAGUCAUAAAUAAAGAAGCACCUUCAUCAAAGGCGAAAGAGAACGAAAUUUCAUUACAUUCACUUAACCGUAGAACGAUACUAAGGAUUCAGCCCGAAAUAUUAUCGUUGGAUAAGCGCAAAUAAAACAAAAAUCCAGGUAGAUAGAGGAUAAAAAAGAGAACAGAAAGCCAAACAAUAUGACACUUCCGACAACAAGCUUGAAUGCCACUGAUGACGAUUCCGAUAUGUUUGGACCACCUCGCACAUCACCACUACGUUAUACACGGCCGCGCGUACCAAUGAUAUCGGCAAAAUUACGCUUACGCGAAGAACGCAAAAGAAUACUGCAGCUAUGCGCCCACAAAUUGGAACGUAUAAAGGACUCUGAAACGAAUUUACGACGAAGCGUAUGCAUUAAUAACACCUAUUCACGUCUAACGGACGAGGUGCGCCGGGAAAAACAAAGUCGAUAUUUAGCCAAUUUACCAAAAUCUGAAAUCACAAAUACCCAACACGAUGACUUCUUCAGUUCGUACAGUACACAUCAUGAAUCUCUUCUGGACAACCAUUCAAAUGACAUGCUGUCAAAUCAAUCGUUUUCACAUAAUCACGAUAUGCUUCAUCCGAUGGCACAAAACAAUCAACAAACGAAUUCAAUGUCAGACCCUCUAUCAAGUUACUCAUCGCACACAACGACCAACAGCUCCUGUUCACGUUCAUCGCGAUGCGUUGACACCGAUCUCGAGACAUUGGAUCGUGAAUUGAAUGCCCUGGACGCCUCAAUGCCAUUGGUUGAUCCGGAAAUCACACAAGGUGCUGAACAAUUAGAAAAGGCUAUUUCACGCAAACGAUCACGAUCCGAAGAGGAUAAUGAUCGAUUGGUACGCGAAGCACUCUCAACAUUUUCACAUUACCUGCCAAGUCCGCGUUUGCUAUCUGGCAUAGAUGAUUGUCCGUUGCUAAUGCCAUCGGAUUCAAAACGCUACAAAACCGACUCAUCAGCAUCCAGUCUCACCAAUGCCGAGCAUCUGCUUGAUUUUGAAUUUGAUCACAAUCACAAUCAAAACCAAAAAGAUUUCGAAGUCAUUAUGGAUGCGCUACGAUUGGGCGGCACAUCACCAUCAAGCAACAAUUCAUGCAACGACUCAUGCGGCCAAGCAGCCAUGCUAAGCGAAAAUGGUGGUGUUUUUCACAAUUUAGUCGCAUCGCUAGAAACAUGAAAUUCGGACUUUGAUCAUAGUUCACAAAGGAAUCAAGCUGGCAAAAAAAUUUCACCAAUUUUUUUCGCCUAAUCCGAAUACAUCCGAACACAUCUUACACAUAUAUAUAUAUAUAUAUUCCUUAUAGGCUGAUAAACGGACGAUUCAAGCAUGGCAAAUGAAAUGAAAAAUGAAGAAAAAAAAAUAAUGAUUCAGAUCAGAUGAAAUUAUAUUUACCUAAUUUAUAUAGAAUCACACACAUACAUACAUAUAUAAACUAUAUAUUUAAACAAAAAAAUCUAAAAUGUGCAUAGCGAUACGUAAUUAUAAGACAGAGAAACAGUUAACGUUCAACCGAACAGCUUAAAAUUUACACAACAUUCAUUUGAACAAAAAUAACACAGACACCACAAAAUUAUGGCAAAAUUCGUUUUAAAUAGAAUUUUUUUAGAGUUUUUACGUCUAAGAUGUAUGGAAUAUAUGCAUUGGAAUUUAAUUUUUUGUACAGAAAUGCUAUUUGGUGUGGCAAACGAUAUAAUGUUGAUUGAAACAAUCCACAUUUAAAAUUAAAAAAAAAAAACGGUAUUCACA